AUGGACCAUGUACUCACAACCCAAACAGAAUCAAUGGGGGUUAACAAUGUAACUGAGUUCAUCCUACUGGGCCUGACCCAGAACCCAGUACUGCAGAAAUUCUUACUUGUUGUGAUUGUAAUCUCCUAUUUGAUCACACUGGCAGGGAACUCAGUCAUUUUGGUGACUAUUUUUAUCAGCCCUGCUCUGGGGUCUCCCAUGUACUUUUUCCUGUCUUAUUUGUCCAUGUUGGAUGUUUUUUAUGCCUCUGUCGUGGCACCCAAGAUGAUGUUUGACUUGAUCUCUAAGAAGAACACCAUCUCCUUCAAUGGCUGCAUGACUCAGGUCUUUUCUGAACAUUUCAUCGGUGGGUUUGAGAUUGUGUUGCUAAUCAUCAUGGCCUAUGAUCGCUAUGUAGCUAUCUGUAAACCUUUACACUACAUGACCAUCAUGAGCAGACAAGUGUGUGCCUACCUGGUGGUCACAGCUGGGAUCUUAGGGUUUCUCCAUGCAGGGAUCCAGAUUUUGCUCUUGGUCCAGCUACCAUUCUGUGGUCCCAAUAUCAUUGACCACUUUGAAUGUGACUUAAUACCUCUCCUGGAGCUGGCCUGCACAGACACUCGUGUUUUGGGACCACUAAUCACAGCCAACAGUGGAUCAAUGUGUUUGCUUACUUUUUCUAUGUUGGUUGCUUCUUAUUUUCUUAUUCUACGCUCGCUAAGGAAGCACAGUGCUGAGGGCCGUCGCAAAGCCUUGUCUACUUGUGUCUCCCAUGUCACUGUGGUCAUCUUAUUUUUUGUACCUUGUACUUAUCUGUACCUCAGACCCACAACUUCCUUCCCUGUUGACAAAGCAUUAGCUAUAUUUUGCACCCUAGUAACACCCAUGUUGAACCCUUUAAUCUAUACGCUCAGAAAUGCUGAAGUGAAAAAUAGCAUGAAGAAACACUUGGGACAAUGUUUCAGAUGUUGUUAA